UCGGCUCCUGUCCCACGUCGCUGAGAACCGGCCAGCGCGCGGGGCCCAUGAGCGCCCGUCUGUAGCGCGCCAGCAGACUGCGGUGCCCGGAGUCCGAGCGCGAUCGCCAGGUCCCACCUGAGGUGCCCUUGACCGUCCCUGCCCUCACCCCACCCCGGAUCCCGGCAAUGCUAACCGCUGUCUGUGGCUCUCUGGGCAGCCAGCACACCGACGCGCCUCACGCAUCACCACCGCGCCUCGACCUGCAGCCUCUCCAGACAUACCAGGGUCACACGAGCCCGGAGGUCGGGGACUACCCCUCCCCGCUGCAGCCUGGAGAGCUGCAGAGCCUCCCGCUGGGCCCGGAGGUAGACUUCUCACAGGGCUAUGAGUUGCCAGGGGCCUCCUCGCGGGUGACCUGCGAGGACCUGGAAAGCGACAGUCCCUUGGCUCCGGGACCCUUUUCCAAGCUCCUGCAGCCGGACAUGUCACAUCAUUACGAAUCGUGGUUCCGGCCGACUCACCCAGGCACGGAGGAUGGCUCCUGGUGGGACCUACAUCCCGGCACCAGCUGGAUGGACCUCCCCCAUACUCAAGGAGCGCUGACCUCACCUGGCCACCCGGGGGCGCUUCAGCCCGGUUUGGGAGGAUACGUCGGAGACCACCAGCUCUGUGCUCCGCCGCCCCACCCGCACCCGCACCACCUCCUCCCAGCCGCGGGUGGUCAACACCUCCUAGGGCCACCCGACGGGGCUAAGGCCUUGGAAGCGGCGGCGCCAGAGUCCCAAGGGCUGGAUUCCAGUCUGGAUGCGGCGGCCCGACCCAAAGGCUCCCGGCGGUCUGUGCCCCGCAGCUCAGGGCAGACCGUGUGUCGCUGCCCCAACUGCCUGGAGGCGGAGCGACUGGGGGCUCCGUGCGGGCCCGAUGGGGGCAAGAAGAAGCAUUUGCACAACUGCCACAUCCCCGGCUGCGGGAAAGCCUACGCCAAGACGUCGCAUCUGAAGGCGCACCUGCGGUGGCACAGCGGCGACCGUCCCUUCGUGUGCAACUGGCUUUUCUGUGGCAAGCGCUUCACGCGCUCCGACGAGCUGCAGCGUCACCUUCAGACCCACACCGGGACCAAGAAGUUCCCCUGUGCCGUCUGUAGCCGAGUCUUCAUGCGCAGCGACCACCUGGCCAAGCACAUGAAAACCCACGAGGGCGCCAAAGAGGAGGCUGCGGCGGCGGCCCAGGGCGAGGCCAAGGCCGGCGGCGCGGUGGAGCCGCCCGGGGGCAAAGGCAAACGAGAGGCCGAAGGCAGCUCGGCGGCCUCCAACUGAUCCCCGUGGAUGUCGCAUCCCUGCGGAUCUUUUUAGGGGGGGCGGCCUGAGUAAGAGGGGAAGGUGGUUAUUUAUUGAUGGUGAGGGGACAGGGAGAGGGGCGCUAGGGAUUUGUUAGUUUCUGGGGCUAGAUGGGAGGCUAUUUGAAUGUUUAGGCUGCCAGGAGCUAAACGUGCCCCUCGCUUCUUUUCUUUCUCACUAGUUCACCCUCCCCUGAGUUGCUGAAGGGUUAGGAUGGAUCACCCCUACCAUGUGGAGGGGUUUGAUUGGUAGAAAUGGCACGUCCCAGGAGCUGAGGGGAAGGGAGACUGGCUCGGGGCGUUGGGGGUAGCUGUCUGGACAUGUCUUUAGCUCCUGGGAACCCGGACAUAAAAGCGCCUCGGAGCCGCCCUAAGGCCUAGGCCCCUUUCAUCCCCCUUCCAGUACCUUCUCCCUCUAAAAUUUCCGGAGAGAGAACAGAGAUGAGGUGGGGGAGCCUGGGGUGGUUCCCCUUAAGGGGCUGUGUAUCUAGCUUGGAGGGUUGUUACUAUAGAAUGAACUCCCUUCAAUGAAUUCCUUAUAAACCCUUCCAGAUUCAGUCUCCGAGAGCCAGGGAGGGCUCAGCUUCGCAGGCAGACGGAGCUGUGAGCUGAAGGUCAGAGUUACUGGGGGAGAGGAAUCCAGCAGAGAGGUCCUCUUACAAAACAGGAAGAAGUUUGGCAUGGGGUGGGGGUGAGAGAUGGAAGAACUAACCCCUUCUUCCCUUUUCAAACUCUAAUUCAAUCCUUAACUCUUAGGCCUUUUAAAAGAAAUCAGAUUCAGUAGCCCCCAUUCCCCAUCCUACUAGGUAGUUUUCUGAAGUCAACCACCAGCAUUAGCUCCGGAGUUGACAUGGACACCCCGCCCCCACACUCACACACACAGGUCCCCACCCUUCGCUUUCCCUUUGGGAAUGGAAGGGAGAGGGGUCCUUCUGCAGAGGACAGUGGAAGACCCUGCCCCUGUCUGGACUCCCCUGCCCCUCUCUUUUUAGCUUGACCCUUCCAUGUUCCUGUAGGGCCCGGUGGGAAAUCUUCCACACGAGUGGGCCUCUACUGGAGGGAUUAUAGGAAGCUGUUUCCUUUGUCCCCUUCUUAGAAGAUGCUAGAAAAUACAUUUGGGUUUUGAUCACAGGGUGGGGAGGGCAGAUUUCUGCCUGGCAGACCCUGGGGCUGGGGGCACUCUCAGGUUUGAGGUAGAGGCCUUGAGUGCCUCCGACCUCUCUCUUGCUCGCUUCUCUCCACCCAGAACCCUCUGCAGGGAAUAGCUGUGUGUUAAUUUUUAAGUUAUAAGCAAAGGGUAUUUUAUUUAAGAAUUAGGGCG